UCCAGCAGAACCGUGCAGAGUUUAGCCGAGUCCCCGUUCCUUUGGUUCCUGGUCCUCGCGCAGACCGGGUCUCUGCAGCACCAUGGUUCUCACCGAUGACGGAUGGGAGGAUGCGGGUUUGCAGGAUUUGUUUCUUCAACUCGUGAAACCCACUUACAGUCCACAUCUCUGCUUUUACAACCUCGCGUGUGUCUACAGCCGCCUGCAGACGGGAGAAGCUCUGUUCCUUCAUUCCGCCUCCGGCACAGCGCAGAGCGGACUCAGGGGAUGAAGGACCCGGACCAGGCACGACUGAAGGACCCGGACCAGGCACGACUGAAGGACCCGGACCAGGCACGACUUCUUUUCUAAGGUCAAUUCAUUCUGCGCGGACUUAAUACGAUGACGGCCUGGCAAGAGGCACAAGGGCUUUAGGAUGAAAGUGGUGACGCGUGUCUCUCUUCUGCUGAGCUGCUGGACUCUCAUGUACCUGCAUCCUGUCCUCGGGUCACUCAGCCGGACCAGACCGACCGAGCACCAGCACCACCGGCUUGGAGAGGCGAUAGAGCGCGCGGCAGGCGGUGGGGAAGGAGUGCACGUCCACGGAAGAACCGACAGAGGAAUCGGUAGGUCCUCACCGGCCGCCGCGAGCAGACAACCGGUGACCGCUCCCGGGACGUGGAAACCGUCCCCGGUGAGUCCGGGGAGGAUUACGCGGAUCCGCGCAGAGCCCCUGGUAAUCAAGGGCGAGACGACGGUGACUAAAAGCAAACUUACUGCGUCUUCCGUGCCGGUGAACCGGGCCCAGCUGCAGCAGCACCCGGUCAGCUCGGGGCGCAGAGAGGCCGCGCGCUCCCGGCUGCCCGGCGGGGACGCUCCCGUGAAGGCGCACGCUCCCGCGGCGUUCAGCGCACACGCAGCGGGGAAGGGAGUCGGGACUGCGGCUGCCGGGGGUGGAGGUGUUGGCUCACCGGGGAAGAACUUGGGGAAAGUCGCUGCCAGAGCGGGUGCAGCUGCUCCGGUGCGCACGGGACCUCCACACGGAGCCACGGUCCGCGGCCCGGCGGCGCAGCGGGGAGUCAGCAGCCAGCCCCGGGGGGCGCACCCCAGACAGCCGCUGGUCACCCCGCACGACUACAUGCUGUCGCUGUACUGGUCUCUGUCCAGCGGGGACCUGAACAGCAGCGCCCUGCACGACGCGGGUCUGGCCAACACCAUCACCAGCUUCGUGGAUAAAGGACACGACGAGCGUGGGCCACAGCUCAGACGCCAGAGGUAUCACUUCAACGUCAGCUCCCUGGAACGAGACGGGCUCCUGGGGGCCGAGCUACGCAUCCUGAGGAAGCGCCUGUCUGACCCCCGCAGGGCCUCAACGGGAUCCGCAGCCUCCGACGGAGGCGGUGGAGGAAUCUCGUCCCCGUGCCUGAAGCUGUCCACCUGCGCUUCAGGGAAACAACUGGCUGUCCCGGUCCAGACGAAGACCUUGGAGGACCUGCUCGGCGGAUUCGGUGGAAAAUGGGAAGUGUUUGACGUGUGGAAAAUCUUCAAGGGAUUCAAAAACCAGCAGAAACAGCACCCCCAGCAGCUGUGCUUUGACCUCGAGGCCCUGGAGCACAGAGGCGGUCGGCCCGUGGACCUGCGCUCUCUGGGCUUUGCCCGACACGGCAGGACCAACAAGGAAAAGGCCUUCUUCCUGGCGUUUGGCAAAAGCAAGAAGCGCGACCUUUUCUACAACGAGAUCAAAGCGCGGUCAGGCCACGACAACAAAACCGUCUACGAAUACCUGUUCACCCAGCGGCGAAUGCGCCGAGCUCCUGCUGCCAGGGCGGCCAAAAAACCUCUGCAGCCGCAUCCGCCGCCGCUGCAGACCCUCCCCCAGCACCAGGUGGUGAAGAUGCAGACGAGGCCGCGGUGCCACCGGAGACGACUCCACGUGAACUUCAAAGAGAUGGGCUGGGACGACUGGAUCAUCGCGCCGCUGGAGUACGAGGCCUUCCACUGCGACGGCGUCUGCGACUUCCCCAUCCGCUCGCACCUGGAGCCCACCAACCACGCCAUCAUACAGACCCUGAUGAACUCGAUGGACCCGGAGUCCACGCCACCCACCUGCUGCGUCCCGACCCGACUCAGCCCAAUCAGCAUACUCUACAUCGACUCGGCCAAUAACGUGGUCUACAAGCAGUACGAGGACAUGGUGGUGGAGUCGUGUGGCUGCAGGUAGCAGAGGAAGCCAGAUCCUGCCCUCCACUUUGAGGUUUGAUGAAAAGCGAACUCAGUGCUGUGCAACAGACGUUACUCCUCACACUCAAGUGGACCUCCAGACUGCAUACCAAAGACCGCUGGACGCUGUGAAAGACUAAGCAGAGCAAGAUGAACUCGUGGGGGUAAUGCCCUUUGACCAGAACUCGUGUGCGAUGUUGAUGGCGAUAAGGACGACGCGGCCGAGAGAAGCCAAACAAAAAACAGAGACACCUUUGGAUUAAAGUUCUGAUCUCAUAUCAGACUCAAAACAGAUCGUAACUGCUUUAGUUUGCUCUCUUCAGAUUUGUAUCUGUGUUCUGAUUGGUGUAAAAAGUUUGCGUGUAAUGCUAUUGAAACAUUAGAGAAUUAUACUCAAAAAUGCCCUUUUUUCCAGCACUUAUCUGCCAUUGUGCCUUUGCCCAUUCAGAUGCAACAAUGAGGAGUCAUUUGUGUGUCUAAUCCAAGACUUUUUCACGAAGCAUGCAAAGAAUUUCUGAUGUAUAAAUACAGGCCAGUGAUGAAGUGCAAAUCUGACCUGCUCUGA